UUUAGUGAAGGCAUUGCAAGUGAAAGUCUAAAGAGAGCAAAUUUGGAGUGCUCAAAAAGGGGAGGAGCAUUUGGAUCUUCUGCAGUACGUGCCUUGUCCAUCUCCAACAGCGAUGCAGUGUGGACUCCAGGACCCAGUCACUAUGUAGUGAAAGACCGAAAUGAAGAACCAUACAAGCAUCACACGUCUUCUGUAUUUUCAUCUGGAACAGAAAGACUUAGCAUUCAAAUGGGUCCAAUGGUAGGCCUAAUUCCU